AUGGCCAUUCAAUCGGUAUGGGAACAGAUUGUCUCCCAGAAACGGGCGAUCAGAGAUAAGCUAUUGACUCCGUAUCUCGUGGAUGUAGAGCAAGAACCUCGAGUUGACAAUGUUCAUGAAAGAAGUCGUGUGAAUGAGGAAAUUCAAGCGAUCACUGAUAUUGAUUGUGUUGAAGUGUUGAUGGAAAAAAUUCAAAAACGGGACUUUUCUGCCGUGGACGUUGUCCAUGCAUACAUACAACGAGCUGUAGUGGCACACCAAUUGACCAACUGUCUCACCGAGGUGGUGUUCAAGGAUGCAUUGAAACAGGCCAAGGAACUGGAUGAAGAGUUCCAGGCAACAAAUAAGAUCAAGGGUCCUCUGCAUGGAGUUCCCUUCACGGUGAAAGACCAAUUCAAUAUCAAAGGAUUCGACACAUCGUUAGGCUAUGUGGGCCGAUCAUUCGAUCCAGCACAGCAAGACGCGGUCCUGGUUCAGAUGUUGAAGAACAUGGGUGCAAUUGUCAUUGCUAAAACCAACUUGCCCCAGAGUAUCAUGUGGGCGGAGACUGAAAACCCUCUUUGGGGACUGACCACAAAUCCUCGGAACCCUGCCUUCUCCCCAGGUGGCUCUACUGGCGGUGAAGCCUCUCUUUUAGUCUUGCAUGGGUCUUUGUUGGGCUUUGGUACGGACAUUGGAGGGAGCGUGCGAAUUCCUCAAUGUGUAGCUGGUCUGUAUGGCCUGAAACCAUCAAGUAGCCGAUUUCCCUAUGAGGGCGUACCAGUGUCGACAGAAGGCCAAGAACAUGUCCCAUCUGCCGUAGGGCCAAUGACUCGGGAUCUCCAAUCUCUCAGCUAUAUCACCCGGCUCGUAGUGAACGCCCGGCCCUGGGACUUGGACCCUCGAUGCACCCCCCUACCUUGGAAUGAAGCUGCAUUCCAUGAGAUCCAGACUCGCCCGAUGGUCAUUGGUUUGAUCAUGGAUGACGGUGUUGUCAAAGUUCACCCGCCAAUUGCCCGGGCUUUAGGAGAACUUGCGGCCAGAUUGGAGUCCGCGGGCCACGAGGUUCUAGCGUGGGAUACAUCGGAUCACGCAGCAUGUAUCGAGUUGAUGGAUCUCUAUUAUACCGCCGAUGGAGGAGAAGACAUUCGUCGAGAUGUCAAAGCUGCUGGUGAACCAUUCAUUCCCCAUGUGGAGGCUCUUGUCAACCGUGGUCAACCAAUUUCCGUAUAUGAGUAUUGGCAAUUGAACAAGCGGAAAUUCGCUGCUCAAAAGAAAUACCUUGACAAAUGGAACACCAUCCGGUCCUCAUCUGGCAAAUCUGUCGAUAUCCUGCUCAGUCCGACGUUACCACACACCAGUAUUCCCCACCGGAAGUUUCGAUGGGUGGGAUAUACCAAGAUCUGGAACUUCCUGGACUACCCAGCAUUGACAUUGCCGGUUGACAAGGUGAGGGCUGAUCGAGAUCAGUUGCCGAUAGAGCCCUACAUUCCAAGGAAUGCAUUGGAUGAGUGGAAUUGGAAACUUUACGAUGCGGAUCAGGUUGACGGGUAUCCAGUGAACCUGCAAAUCAUCGGCAAGAAACUGGAGGAAGAGAAGGUGCUGGGGGCUGCCAAUAUUGUUGAGAAUAUCUGGAAGCAUAAUGCGUGA